ACCUUUCAUUUCCUUUCCGAUCAGAACAAAGAUUGUUAUCAGCCGCGUAUUUGACGUCUCUGAAAAUGGAACUGCUGUUUAGUCUUCUGCUCUGUCACUUUCUCAGCACGAAUGGGAAAAAAAUGCAUAAAAUGCAUUUAUCUGAACUGGAAAAUGGAAGAAAUGUUAGAUGCAAUGUAGCAAAGAAAGUAGCGAUCAGCCAAUCUCAAUGGCAGGUGGAAAAUAAAAACACAAUACAUUUCCUUGGUGUAAUUGUACAGAACAGGUCGUUGGAAAAUACAGUGUGUUCAAAAUCCAUUAAGACCACAUUAAAAAGAGACUGGGAUCACCAUCUUGCUGCUGAAAAAUCAAAUACAUGUGUAUUUACAAACCCCUGUGCAGCCACUGAAAAUGUCACCCUGACAGUUUUGAUCCUUCCUUCUAGUGGCCAGCAUCAGAGUGUUUUAGAAGAUCGACUUGUGACAGCAUGCAGAAAUGCUAAGGGAGGCCUUGCAGACAAUAUUGUGUGGAUUUCAUCAAUCAACUCGAUGAGUAGCAAAUAUAAGACCAAACAGAAAAAUGCAAGCAAGAAUGUUAUCAGCAGCUAUAAAUUAACACAGCAUAGAAACAAUUUGGAGAAUGUAACCUGCCGAAUAAGACAUCCAACAAUUGAUACAAAUACAUUUACACCAUUGGAGCUGUUUAUAAGAUGUCCUUUCAAAAUCCAGAUUAAAAGCAACAGUCAACGUGUUAAAGGGAGGAAAAAUAAAUUUAUCUUCAACACAAAGGACAGCGAGAGAACCAUUCAGGUUAAAAUAACAGGCUCUGUGAAGCAAGUUAACGUGAACUGCUCAAAACAAAACGGUUCACUUCCUGAAGGCAUUAAACUGAUUAAAAAUAACCUCAAAUUCAAAGGACCCAUGAAGGAAAGUUAUGCUGGCAUCUAUGUUUGUGUAGCAUUUGACCAACAUUGGAAGCUGUCAGCACAGUUGGAGAUUGAGAUUACUUCAGGUGAAAAUCAAUGGAUUGCCUUAAGAUUCGCAUUGAUAGCAUCCAGUGUGGUUUUUGCAGCAGGUGUCUGUUUUUUCAUUAUUUUGAGAUGGCAUAGAAAACAGCAACUGAUAGUUAUUCCCCAGCAAUAUUCAAUUCAAAACUUUGGAUACCAACCAGCAUGGAGGACUGUCGCGGCAUUAAAACUCCGCAAGAUCGUGGAAGAGGUGCGGGCUCUGUUUGUACACCAGCAGAGUCCACAAAGGACAUUGCAUCAACAGAUGGAGUCAGCAGAUGAUCAUUCAGCUUCAUCCUCACAAGAUGCCAAAAUGUCUAACAGUUCCGUGUGGACUGUUACAUUUCAGUUUGAAACCAACAAUCAUGAGCUUGUAGUUUGCAGCAUGUAGUUAAUUUCAUUUAGUGGCUUCUGCACCGUAAGAAAGGAGUAAUGGUUGGCUGGUUGUGCCCAGAUAAUGGUUAUUGGUUACACCAUCAGUCACAAUGUUGUUUUGCAUUUACCCUAUAAAAACUCCACAGUUUAAUGGUUAAACUCAGUUGAAAACUUGGGUCAAUGAUUACCUUUCUAUAACUAUACCAUUUUUUCAACUUAAUGUUGUAAUGUUUCCAAAUUCCUUUUCCAUUUUAA